AUGGCGGAAGAAAAAAAGGCCCAGGGCCUUAUCUUAAGUCUAUUUAUUGAGUGUCUCGGGAGUCCCAAGCGUGGGGCUCUGAUUAAACAGAUGUCUUGGGCUUUAUUUUCUGGGCAACCACAGCGUACUGCUCUUAUUCCUCUUUAUGGAGACCCUGAAGCAGCCCACGGAGGAGUCUCUUCAAGAAUUAUUGAUAGAUCAUAUCGCGAUAUAUUAUCUACUUUACUUCGCGAUGACACAGAUACUGUUCUUUAA